AUGGAGGAUUAUUCCACUGCUAAAUUGAAAGCUAAAUGCUUUGACCAUUUUGGAGGUUUGAAUUUGGGUGGAAAAGGACUAUCCAGGGUACCUGAUGCAGUCACUGAACUGAGUGAAGUACGGGAACUUAAGCUUAAAGACAAUAAUCUGACUGAGUUGCCAACAAGUAUUAACAAGCUGAACAGGCUUCAAAGCCUGUAUUUGGAUAAAAACAAUCUUACUGAAUUACCUGCCGAGAUUGGUGACCUAAAGGAGCUGUGGGAGCUGAGUGUGAGGAACAACCAGUUGGUUGGUUUACCUACCAGUAUUCAAAAGCUGAACAAGCUUCGAUAUCUGCACUUGGAUGGAAACAAUCUUACUGAAUUACCUGCUAAGAUUGGUGAACUAAAGGAGCUGAGGGAGCUGAAAGUGAGUAACAACCAGUUGGUUGGUUUACCUACCAGUAUUCAAAAGCUGAACAAGCUUCGAUAUCUGCACUUGGAUGGAAACAAUCUUACUCAAUUACCUGCUAAGAUUGGUGAACUAAUGCAGCUGAGGGAGCUGAAAGUGAGUAACAACCAGUUGGUUGGUUUACCUACCAGUAUUCAAAAGCUGAACAAGCUUCGAUAUCUGCACUUGGAUGGAAACAAUCUUACUGAAUUACCUGCUAAGAUUGGUGAACUAAAGGAGCUGAGGGAGCUGAAAGUGAGUAACAACCGGUUGGUUGGUUUACCUACCAGUAUUCAAAAGCUGAACAAGCUUCGAUGUCUGCACUUGGAUGGAAACAAUCUUACUGAAUUACCUGCUAAGAUUGGUGAACUAAAGGAGCUGAGGGAGCUGAAAGUGAGUAACAACCAGUUGGUUGGUUUACCUACCAGUAUUCAAAAGCUGAACGGGCUUGUACGGCUUUACUUGGGUGGAAACAAUGUUACUGAAUUACCUGCUAAGAUUGGUGAACUAAAGGAGCUGAGGGAGCUGAAAGUGAGUAACAACCAGUUGGUUGGUUUACCUACUAGUAUUCAAAAGCUGAACUGGCUUAAAGAGCUGUUCUUGGAUGGAAACAAUCUUCUUGAAUUACCUGCUGAGAUUGGUGACCUAAAGGAGCUGAGGGAGCUGAGUGUGAGCAACAACCAGUUGGUUGGUUUACCUACCAGUAUUCAAAAGCUGAACAAGCUUCGAUAUCUGCACUUGGAUGGAAACAAUCUUACUGAAUUACCUGCUAAGAUUGGUGACCUAAAGGAGCUGAGUUGGCUGAGUGUGAGUGGUAAUCCUUUAACUGUUGAUGCUAUACGUCUUGCUCUUAAGUUGGAGAAAAGAGGACUGUCUACUGAUAUUGCAGGUGAGGACCACUAAAGGCUAAGUUAAAUUGAACCCUUAUAACAUUAAUAACAAAUAAACUCUAAAAAUCUCCCUGAAAAAGAUAAGUCCAGUUUGUGACAUCUAAAUAGCGACACUUGACAUCCAAGGAACCACAGGAAACCCAAAGAUUAGUGUGCUGCUCGACUGACUACACUGUGACUAGGGCUUGCAGCAAUUUUAGCGAUCAGAGACACGCGCCGUCAAAUCAGUUUUAAAUGUAUGGGGUUUUAGCACAAACAAGUAUUUUCCAUAAACUAAAAGGCCACAGACUCAUUUUUUCUGUUUGAAACUGUAUCUGACCACACGAAUUAAUAUUUUAUUUUAUCAUAUUUGAUUCACGCGGCAUUAUUUUCGACUGACUGCAGUGAUCUAAGACCAAAAACAAGGAAUAUCAGUAAGUUCACCUCCUAGUGAAUUAGCCCCCACAAGUUCGCCCUCUACUUUCUGAGUUCACCACGCACUGGUAUACUCGAAAUUCGAGUUAAAUCACGCACUUACAGCAGACAUUUAUUUAAAUCAUACCUGUGAAUUGGAUUGGGUUAUUGAAGGAAAUCUCUGUAAUCGAAACUUAACUGUUUGGUAGGUCGGCGGCAAUUGGUGUCUCGAAAUCUAAGACCUAAAUGACCUUGAAAAAAAACUGCAUGAAAACAGAAUCUUCUUACAAGUUGCUUAAUCAAAGAGUGAAGUUAAAUAAAGUUAAACUCACUGACUUCCAAAAACAGUCCCAAUCAUGACAUGAAUGAAAAUUCAAUGAAACAUUUACAACAGCAAGUUGCCAACAGGGGCACCCAACGAGAAUAUAGUUCAAAACCACUUAAACAUAGCACUGUUAAACGUAUUUUAGUAUUUAAACGGUAGAUAUAGGCAUAUUUUCAUCCCCUAAAAAUUUUUCAUCUGUUCGGAUUUCCUAGCUGAAAGCCUAGUGAUCCGAAAAUCAUAGGAAUCCAAAGUUACCCUUUCGAAAAUUUCAGCCAGAAAAAAGGUUCCCGAAAAUUCUAGGUGACCUUUUUAGGGUAAAAAUCCGUUAAAAAUAGGCAAUUAUACCAUUUUUUUGAUGUUCGAAAAUCAUAGGAGAGGCAGGCAAGCAAGAAUUUUUACAACAAAUGUUCCGAAAAUUCUAGAUCUAAAAUCGUCUUCCGAACAGAUAUUCUUCCGAAAAUUGUCGUUGGGUGCCCCUGUUGCCAAGUUGAGAGUGAUUUGUUGAAAGCUAACGAUUGUAACGAAUGUAUAGCUUUGCAAAGUCGCUAAAUUUUACAGACGUAAAACACUUUGUCUCACUCAUGGAUAGUUUCAUUUAAUUGCCUUAAAUGUUAAACUUCGAUCUUGAAUAAAGCAUGUUUCCAGGUCUGAUAUAGUUACUGUGAGUUUCAGGAAACGGCUUUCUGAGAGAGUUAACCUUUCACCGUAACCAAGAAACAGUCAACUUAAUUCCUGCUGACAAAAAAAACUUACGCUUGCAGUCAAUUGAAAGCUAGUAACUUUUAUACGUACACUAUUCUAUAAUUUUAUUUAUUUAUACAUUUUAUUGCAAAUACGUACCUUUCUUGUAAUGACUUUUUAAGUGUCUAUGUAAUUAAAGUAUAUUUUAUUUUUAAUAUUUAAUUUAUAAGUUACAUAUUUUUAUCACGUAUUUGAUUAUAUGUAAUCUACAUAGAAACAUUGAUGUACACUAAAAUAGUGACUUUCAUAUAGGUUGCAGGUACCCACAUUAGCUAGAAAGUGUGACAUUUCACAUUGGCGCGCUGUGAUGCAGAUCGUUGGACAGUGCGACGGGUAGACGUACGGUCAAGUGACUUCCAAAAUUUCUCUGCCAUAAUUCUCUGCAUGUAGCAGCUCUCCUAAUCCUAAAUGCCAAUUGCAUGGUUCGGUACCCUAACUGUGAAAUAAUGGGAAAUAAUGAUAAACAGUGAUGUGUUAUUGAUUUCUGCGACCAAUGAGGAAACACCUUACGAGCAGCUCCUACAUUUACUGUUUAGUUCUAAUAUUGAAAAUCAGACAAUUAAGAAGAAGCAAGCACUAAAAAUCUUGAGACAAAAGUAUUUGUUCUCAUUGAAAACUAAAACAUUGAAAGCAAAAGAUAACUGGCAGUUUAUAAUAGUUAAGUUUUUUUGAAAACCUCAAAUCAAAAUUUAACUGCACAAAGUUAGCUACUUUAUGUUGCUUAUACUAAAGGCGAUGAAUUACAUAUAAAUAAAACAAGAAAAAGCGAAGCAGCAUUUGUUAAUGCCCAUCCAUGAAAAUCAUAUGUUUACUGUAAAUGAAAUCAUUGAACUUGAUAAAACAAAACUUAAACUUUAUUAAUUUGGAAGAAGGAGAAAUCUUACACCAGAAAGCUCAGAAAAAAUUCUGAUCUCCAUCUUAGAAUCGAACUCACGACCCUCCGAAGGUAACGAUAACAGUUAAAAAGUAACUUUCAAUUCAGUUACCUUCUAUGGUAAGAUUUCUUUAAUUAUGUUCUUGAUUGUUAGCAUUAAUCUGAGUAGCAGCUGCUAGUAGUCGGUAAACACUGAAUCAUAUUAAGAACAUUACUGUGGGUAAAAAGACCAUCAAGACUAAACAAGUACAUUGCAGUGCGGACACUCAAACCGGGACACUUGGAAGAAAAUUGUCCAGUCACAACGUUUUCUCAAAAUAAAAGAUUCUCAAGUGUUUUUGCAGACAGACCAAUAAAAUUCAAGUAUUUAACUAUGCAACCGCUGAAAUUUUUAAAACCGUUUGAACUUACCUGAACUCUUAGGAAACAGCCCUCAGAUUGAUGGAUGUUGUUGCACGGCCCGUAUGCAAAAAAACUCGAGAAUCUUGUUUUCAGAAAACGUUGUGAUUGGACAAUCUUCUUCCAAGUGUCCCGGUUUGAGUGACCGCACCGUAAAUUUGAACAAAGCAUACAGAUUUUCACUUUUAUUUGCCCAUAAAGGGAUUAAUGAGUUGUGAAACUGUGCCUCCAUGAUCUGUAGGUUACCGGUUGGUUCUAAUAAAUAAAGACUGACGGAACAUGUAAGCAAAUUAUGCAAAUCAUCUCAUUACCAUCUUAGAAAUAUUAGCAAGAUCAGAAAAUAUCUAGAUGAAAAUUCUACUGAGACGUUAGUCCAUGCAUUUGUUUCAUCAAAGCUGGACUACUGUAAUGCUUGACUUAUUGGACUUCCAAAAUACCAAAUAGACAGACUUCAGUCAGUACUAAAUACUGCGGCUGGCAUUAUAACUUUUACUUGUAAAUAUGAUCAUAUAACUCCCGUUCUAGUUAGACUACACUGGCUCCCUGUUUCCUAUCGUAUAAGGUUUAAAGUGCUACUGUUGACUUCCAAAGCACUUAAUGAUUUAUCUCCUGAAUACAUAUCUGAGCUACUUAAUAAGCCUAAAUAUACCCGCAAUCUUAGAUCUCAGUCUCAACAUCUGCUUAGUGUUCCUAAAUCCAGAACUGUUACCUAUGGCGAUAGAGCAUUUUCUGUCUGCGCUCCUAAGCUAUGGAAUGAACAGCCUUUUCAGUUGCGCAUGUCGUCAAAUAUACAAGCAUUUAAAUCAGGACUGAAGACAAUGCUUUUUAAAACGGCCUAUCUUUAGAUGGGCAUUUGCUUUAUUAUUUUGCAUACUAUUAUGUAUGUUCUUUUGUUUUCUACUUUUUUUGUAGUGUGUAAGUUGUAAUCAGUAAUUAUUUUUAAAUUAUAUAUUAUAUCUAAUUGUAGAAAUUAGAAUGGUAGGAUGAAAUUGUAAAAACUAUUUUAUAGUUAGUAUAAGGUUUAAAAUUGUAAAGCGCUGUGAAUAAUUCGUAUUAAUAGCGCUAUAUAAAUGAAUUAUAUUAUUAUUAUUAUUAUUAGUUUGAAUUAUUUUUAGAUGGUUCUAUUUUGAUUAACUUUUUGAUGCUUUUUAUAAUUUGUUAUUAGUAGUUUUUUAGAUAGUCAUUUUACGACAAUUCUCUUUCGUACAUAAGAAGAAUGUACGUAGGGUAUAUAUUUUAAUAUUCAUAUUCUUGAAUCUGUAAAUAGUCUAUUUUUUUGAAUCUAUGAAUAAAGUUAUUUUAUAUUUAUUAUUAUUAUUAUUAUUAUUAUUAUUAUUAUUAUUAUUAUUAUUAUUAUUACAAGUAAAACAACACAUUUACGAGGGUCAUGUCUGACACAUGAUUUUAAAAUUUUUUAUCCUUUGUAGCUCCCAAGGAAAUAGAAGCACGAGGAGAAAGAGCGCAGCUUGUUUAUCGACGUGCUCUUAGAGAUGGAGCUGUUAGUGUUCAGCGUUCUCGGAUAUUGCUUAUUGGUCAGGAUAGGGCAGGAAAAACAAGCUUGAAAAAAUCUCUCAUUGGUCUGCCAUUCAAUCGUAACGAAAAUAGUACUGAAGGAAUUGAAGUAGAUCCGUCAAUUUUUCAAGUGCAUGCGGACGAAGUUAAGAACUGGCAACCCAUUGAUACGAGUGAACGAGGGUUGCUGGGUUGUUCUAAAGAUGUGGCACAGAUGGUGGUGGAAAAGCUUUGUUUUCAGGAGGAGGGAGAAGAUGCAGAAAUACACAACAGUGACCAGCUUAAAAAUGAAAAUUACAGGAGUGGGACAAAGGCGGAUGAUGCUGAAGGUGAAAAGAGAGACGAUUCAUUUGUGAACCAGGUUUGUUUCCAGUUAUAUCUUGGCUUUUGUAUUGUACUUUAAUCAAGUAUUGCUUAUAGCAGAAAUAGGUGGUCCGCCUACCCUCACGAAACUUGGUUUAAAAUAGCACAUACUGUAUACGUUUAUUGAGAGUCCCUUUACAGGGCUUUUCAGUCACUAUGGGCUAACUAUUUACAGCUAACUAGAUACAAGAAAAAGUAAUUAAAAUAGUCAACUAAUUAUAAGUACUAAAAUGAUGAAAAUCAUUUUUAAAAGAUGUUCGUUAAUCUCUUCCUAAAAAUUCGACAAUCUGCUACUUCCUUCAUGUCUUUGGGUAGUUUGUUCCAACAGGUAGCCCCUCUAAAGGCGAAAGAUCGCUGCCAGGUUUUAAUCUGCAUCUCGGUAGAUUGAGGUCUUUUUUGUAUCGUGUAUUUCUAUCGUGAUGAGCUUGUUGUCUACGAGUAAAUGUUUGACUAAGGUACCCUGGUGCUCGACCAUUUAGGCACUUAUGGACCAUAACACAAUCAUUUAAAAGUAGUUUAUCAGUAAUAGGAAGCUAUCUAAGUGACUUCAAUUCCUCAGAAAUGUGAUUAUACUUCCGGAGACCAAGAGCUAUCCUGCCGGCAAAGUUCUGAACUAAUUGCAUUUUUUUUUACAUUUGGUUUAGAGGUGUUGCUCCAUACGGUGGAACAAUAAAACAAUUUACUGAAAACAAAAGUAUUAAUUAGUAAAAGUAGCGUCUUUCUAUCGAGAAGGUGCCUGAGUGCCUGAUUCUAUUGAUCCUAAUUAAUCUAUCCAUGCAAUGUGAAACUGCUUUGGUCACAUGUUCAUUAUAACUUAGAGAGGAGUCAAUAAUUGCACCCAGAUCCUUGGCCACAGGUACAGGUUUAAUUUCUUUGCCCAGUAAUUUAACCACCGGAAAAAAUGGUAGGUUUCUCGUUAUCUGCGGAACUCCGAUAACCAGGAGCUUAGUCUUAUCAGGGUUGAUGACUAGGGAAUUUGUACGACACCGUCUUACAAUAGCAAGCACUCAAUUAAGCACCACCCGCGUAAGUUUAAGCCGUGGUCGGGCGGGGUUCGAAACUGGAUGGGUAACAUUAUAGACAUUAUAUUGUCUGCCGGAUGAAAAAGAAGAUAGAAAUCAAACAAUUACCGCGGGUUCGCUUUCUUUGAUCCAUCGGUGGGAAAAGUGCCAAGUUGAUAUUGGGUGGUCCUCGGUGUAACAUGAGUUCCAAGGAAGUUCCAAGGUCGAUUUUUGAGAAGAAAGCAAGGUUCCGACUGUAAAAAGCCGAACUGAAAGGCACUUCCUACUCGCAUACUUAGCGGACAGAAGCAAAUUCGUCUGCUAAGUGAGACGCACUUAAAAAUAUUCAUUAAAUGUCUCGAUUUUCGCUCUUCUUGUGUAGCUGAUAGUCUAAAUUUCUUCAAUUUUCUUUGUAAAAAAACUUCUGCCGUCGAAAUUCAUCGCUUGCAAUUGAUGAUCGCUGUUAUUGCAGACCGCCACCAAGAGAUACUAGGCAUAUACUGUAAAUGACCUUUUAAGCGUCCGGGGCGUCUAUUUAAUUUUAGGAGUCCAAGCGGGGGCGUUUAAUAGAUAGGCUUCAUGUGUUUAAAAGAGAGAGGCGUUUAUUCUCAUAGCUGUGACAAGCUCAACAAAAGUUAUGUACUUUCGGCAAAAAUAUCAAGAGAGUUUAAAAAUAGCCAAAUAAGCUGUCUAGAGAUCAAAUCCCAACAUCGAUGUCAGAAUCCCCGCUCAGGGUUAUUGUGUUAUGCCUUCGUUAGUCUGUCCUUACUUUGAACUUGACAUUGAACAAGAUGAAAUACACAAAGCCUUGUUUAUUAUAAAAGCAAGAAUCUGAAUGGAUUGAAUGAUUUUGAUCCCUUUUUCUUAAUCGUAGUAUUUUGUAGUAAUUCUCAUAGGGGGCGUCUAAAUCAAUGUUAUCAGCGUAGAGGGGGGCGUUUAUUAUAUAAGAGACGUUUACUUUGAAGUGGGUAUCUAUGAGGUCAUUUACGGUAGCCAACUUAACAAUUAACAUUCUGCCGCGCUGUGCGAUCCACGCGCGAUGCGAAUGUAGACAAUUUUUUAACCUUCGCUGCGCGAGGAAUGAGUAAUGAUAUUCUCAACAAUAAAAUUUUAUUGUUACUCAAUGUCAACGUUUAGAAUUCCGUUAUUUGCAACAUUCAUUUUAAGGCCCCGUUAACACAAAUCGGAAUAUAUUUGAAACCGCAUAUUCAUUAUUAUCAUAGUUUUUUUACGUUAAUGGGGUUUCCGUUCACAUGAAACCAAUGAAUCCGCUGACCGCGAAACCGCAUCUUUUUGAAACUGCUCUCCCCAAUGUUUGUUUGCAGUGCAUCAUGGGAAUAGCUGAGUUUAUACCUUUACCGAGGUAGCUUGCGUGGUAGGCGUUAAUAGGGGAAGGGAAAGGGGAAUUUGGAGGUUUCUAUCGAACAAACAAUGAAGCAAGACAUUUUUUAUAUUUUGUAUGCAAAAUGUUUGUCCACACCAAGCAACAAACAGGCAUGUGCCGGUUUGAAUCUGUUUGGUUGAUGCCCAUCUCCCCAAUGAUAAUGGCUUGAUGUUUGAGUUGAUCCAUCUGUUUUUUUGGAAUAAUAAUGCAGUAAACACCCGCAUUUAAAAACAAAUGGAUUGAGAACAUCGGGGUGAAAUUUGGUUCAUAAAGCACCAUGUAAGUAAGAACCAGUCAUCCUGAUAAAUAAAACAUGUGUUUAUAUUAUAAGGGAGAGGAUGUCAGAGUAAAAAAGCAAUGUAACCGUAUGGUCGCUGCUAGUCAAUUACAAAACUGUAACAAAUUUCUUGGCUGAAGAGUCAAUGGUGGCCCCGGUUGAGUUAAUAGCAUGACUGUCAGAAAUAUUUAAAAAAUGUUGAAACUGUUACAUUUCUACUCGUAAAUGUUAACUAGUUUACUACCUGACAGAUUUUUGUUUUAUUUAUUGAUCUACUGAUUUGUUUACUUACUUACUUAUUUAUUGGUAAUAAAAAUUAAAAUAUGCUAACUAAACCUCUAGUAACAUGUUAAGUGUAGUAUUUCUGAAACACUGUUUAAGAACAUAUUAAGAACAUUAUCAGACUGAUUUCUCACUAAGCACCUGAUAAAUAAGUUAAUAUAUAGAUUUAGCCAGGGCUAAAAGCGAAGCUCCCGUUAAUAAAUUCAUAAUUUAAAUCAAACAAUAAACUUGUAAUCCGCAGAUCAGGGCACAUUCAUUUGACGUUUGAGGCAAAGGCUAAGUGAUUUUAGAGAAAAAUUAUUUGACAGUCCAAGAGUGAAACAGCUUUUACAUCGAGUUAUUAAAUAAUCUUAUUUGUACACCCAAAAAUAGCAAUCAUGUUUGAUCACAGUAGAUUAGGCCUGGAAAACAAAUAGACCUACCUAUUCGUGUAUUGUAUUUGCAUUAGCUGUUGAAUCAUAAUGUGGCAUUCACCACUCUCGCCAACAUUGCUCCGUUUGAGAGACUAUGGAUAAUUGGACAACCCCGAAAUAUAAUUUUAAGAAACACAGGCGCCACGAUAGUCCUUGGUGGCAGCCAAUUUACACGUUGCAUUCCUCUGUCUAAAAGAGAGGCCAAAAUAAAAAAUCAGACCGGAUUUUUUGUGUUCGACAAGUUUAGUUUACUAGUAAAUCUUGGCGACGAAUCUGGUGGAGUGCAAACCAGCCUUUUAAACAUACUUUUUCUCAUCACGUCUCAGGUAAACAGUACUAUGAGGCCCUUGUUUUUAUCAUACAGACCUCGGACAGAAUUUGUUCUUUUUUGCCGUAUUUAAACCUAUAAUUCUGCAGUUUUUCACAAUUUUGCAAGAGAAUUUGCACUCAUUCAAUAUUUACGACGAUCAAAGCACGCGCUUCCUUUGCACAACAAAUUAUAGCAUUGAAUUAUAAAACGUUUUCAUGAAGAGAAUUCUCUAAUUCCAGGACUUUCAGUUAGAAAAAUCUGGUCCUAUGUGAUAUGCAGGGUAAAAUGGGCUUUUAAUGAAAACGAUAAAAAAAUUCCCAAAAUCACUUUUCGGCCAGCCAGACGUGGCUCACUUUUGACAGGCACUAAAUUUACAGUGCGAUUAAUAGAGUUACCAUUUACGCUUCAACAUGAUAGAUAAAUUGUAUGUUUAGAUUUUAUUUCCCUUUAUUUAUUAAACUACGGACGGUUUUGUUAUGUGUAAUCUUUAAAAGCGAGUGAUAUUUACGCGCGGCGUUUUGAGUAUUCCUGCAUGAGAUGUUUAUGUUCGACUGGAUACAACCGGUGCAGCGAUAAAAAUUGCGAGAGGGACUACUAACAAUCAAUAAAAUAAAUAUAAUUCGGUGAAACAUGUACAGAGACAAUAAUUUUCAUUCACGAAGAGAAGUAUUGAGAGUAAAGUGUCUUUGAAAAUCAUGAGUCAGGUAAGCAUAAGCUUAUUUAUGUUUUAAGCCGGCUUCCCGGUGUUUGCUCUUUUUCAAGAUGAACUCGAGGCAAGAAAAUCGCUCAGGGCUUUCUUUUUACAGUCAAAAUCAUAAGUAAAUAAUCUUCGGAACAUUUUCUUUGAAUUUGAGGUCAAAAAAGGUCUAAGGGCUUUUUAAACCUGAUACUAUUGUAGGUUAGAUCAUUGCUCGUAUAUAAACUUAAGCCGCAUAAACCAUACGCUCGACUUCAGGAAACCGAAAAAAAAACACAUCAAAGACAACAAUUUCUCAGGCUUACCAGUCGAGAUGCUGCUUCUGAAGGUCAUCAAGUGUUCCAGAAUUUUCAACCCUCUUACGCCUCAAGCAAGGGCAAGUGAGUAGGCUCAUUUUUGAAAACGAUGCCAUCCGAAAUCGGAUUUCCAAUGACUUUGAAAAGCGGUGCAUUUGUCAACAAAGAGCGCAAUAAACAAACCAGCCAUGAAUUAACAAUCUUGAUAGCAGCUGUAUUUCAUUUUGUAAACCAAGUAGAAACAGCCAGUUUAAAACAUCACAAGAUGACACAAAACUCUGUAAGCUCCAGCUAUCAGUAAGCAAGUUUCCAGACGCUGCAUAAAUUUUCCGCAUGAACUCACCUGUCAAAUUUUGACCAAUCAGAACAUAAAAAUUGAACGUAGAGCGUGAUCAACGCGUGACAGUGAGAAAAGUCAAAAGUGAUUGCCUUCCCCGCAUGUAAAUGUAAAAGCCGGUUGAAUUUUCGCGUCCGAGGUCAGUUCGAAAUCAACAUUUUAAAAGUGCGGCUCAUGAACUCGACUUUUUUCAUAUGCCUUUAAAAAAAUUGAACUUGAGCCUGCGAUAAUUGAAAAGUAGCAACCUGUCAGCGGAUACGUUAAAAAACACUCGAACUCAGUGGGUCGAUACCUGAGCCCGCGAUAGGGUCAGGCGAUACUGGUCAGCAGAAACACUAUUUUGACUGCUGUCAAUUAAUCAAAACAUGGAUGUACAAUAUCAGGUUGCAGGCUCCCAAACUAGCUAGAAAGUGUGAGAUUAAACAUUGGUAUACCUGUGGUGCAGACGGACGGAAGGUCGGGUGGUCGGUGUACGGUCACGUGAUUGCCGAAUUUUCUAAGAUGGAUCGAUUUUCUAAGCUAUGGGACUUCCAACUGAGCCCGUGAUCAAAUAAAAUAUCAGCGCAAAACUUUAAACACUACGUGACCUCAAUGGAUAGGCUAAUGAGCCCGCGAUACACUCAGAUGAUGAUGGUCAGCGUAUACUCUAGUUUGACAGCUGUCAAUUAACUUUCAUUACAAUGGCGAAUAUUCGAAUUAACAGACUACGAGUGUGAGUAAGACAUCUCCGUCCGGCAUAUAGUGGAAAAUGCCAGAUCGUGUACCUGAGCGAACCUGAGCCCACGUUAUUAGUUUCUAAUAGUGGUCUGCACAUGUCCCAUUUUGACAGCUGUCAAUUGACCUUAAUUUGGCUUGCCAAUAUAUCUUUAAACGACUGUCAGCCAACUGACAGCCUUGCCCGGCGUAGUUUUGUUUUUAUGUUGAAUUGGUAAGUGUGACAUAUUAUAUCCGCUUAUAUGUAGGGGCAAAACGACUGGUCUUUCAUCUGAGCCCGCGAGAUAGUCAUGUGAUAAUUGUCAGCGGAUGCCUAAUUUUGACAGCUGUCAAUCUAAUCGUACUCAUACGAAUGGCUUACAUAACUAAGAGGCGAGUCAAGUUGUGCAAGAUCCUUUGUAACAUUUGACAUCGGCUUACAUGAAGCGUGUGUACGGGUGGGCGGGCGGGCGGGCGGGCGCUAUGUCAUAACCAAAUUUUCUCACAUGGAUAGUUUACCAAAUUUUCUUACCCAUGGUGCUCCGCUCUGCUCGCGCUUCGCGCGCGCGAGAAGCUCCGCUAAAAAUCCUUUUCCUGUUAUAGGUCCCCGAUCCAAAAAAGGAAGGUGUCAGUGAAGUGAUGUCAUCAGAACCUGAACAUGAGUUAAUGAUUGAUACUACUUCACCUCCAGACGAGAUCACAAAGCACGCUGUAGAGUGGAUAAAGUAUGUUCAUGGUAAAAAACGAGUCACUGAAAAAUCUGUUGGUAGUAUUGAACUGUGGGAUUUUGCUGGACAACAGCUGUACUAUGCAUCUCAUCCUGUAUUUUUAACAUCACGUGCAAUAUAUAUCUUGGUGUGCAACCUCAGCAAAUCAUUGCAUGACACUGCCCAACCCUGUGUGAGACAAGGAGAUCAUAAUUUCACUUUGGAGAACCCAAAUGGGGAAACAAAUUUGGAGAAUCUGCUAUCUUGGUUGUCCACAGUGCAUAGCAUCACACAGAUGAGAAGACAAACUCGUGACGAUGCCGAAGAAAAGCUGCCUCAUGUGCGUCCCCCUGUGAUCAUUGUAGGUACCCAUGCUGACAAACCGUUUGAAGACAUUGCAACAAUGAAGAGAAAAAUACAGAAGGCAAUUGCUGGUAAGAAAUAUGAAGGACAUGUGAUGCGGCCUAUCUUCUCCAUUGACAACACUGCAAAAUUAAUUCAAAGAAGGUUGGAAAAGGUUUUUAGAAAAGAUAAAAACAUUGAUGACAUCGAAGAGCUAAAAGACAAAAUCAUGGAAGUGUUGAGACAGGAGCCAUACAUGAAGGAAACGAUACCUGCGAGGUAAAUAAAGUGAAUAAUAGAACACAGAUGUCUUUUGACGAGAAUUUCCAUGUUAAUUAAGGGUUGAGGUUUGGCAGCAUUAAAACUAAUAGUGGGUAUACAAAUGCAGAUAUACACUGUGGGCCUUUGGUCCAGUCCUCAUAGCAUUUUGCUUGCAGGUCUGAUAAAUUUUAAGUUUUACCAGUAAAUAGUUGGCAACGUAGGGAUGCAAAAUCCCCGUAUAUAAGAUACCUAGAGGCUGCCGGCACAUCGUAAGUCCUUCACGUAGAUCGAAGGGCAGUCUAAAGACAUUGUCAGUCGUACAAAAGUAUAAACACGUGAAACAAGCGAAAGAUUACGUACGUCACUCAAAAACGUCUUUCCUUAAGCUUUCUAAUAUGUGAUGUAGGCCUCCUCCUUACCCAAGAACAAAGGCAAAUUAAUGUAAAACAUGGAUAACUAUGGUCCAUAGAGUCACUCUAUAUCAAAACGUUGCUUUGCCUUGAAGGAAAUCGACAAAGGAAGGGUUCGAUGGGAUGCGGCUCUCCAGAACAUUUAAUAGGGCCUACUUAAUAUAGUUGUUAUUCGCGCUCGUGAAAAUUGUUAUUCUGAAAUACCGUAAAAAGUGAUCAGGGUGAUAGGCAACCUUGGGCGCUCAAUAUUUUCGGGGGGUCGCUUCUACAUGGCGGAGACGAAGGCGUGAUGUAAAAAUCUGGUGAGACAACAUUUAAGGUCAUUUUAUUUCCAAACGAAAGGACGGAAAGUCGCUAAAAACAAAUAAAAAUCGUCAAGUUUCUCCUCGCUGUUAUAUGGGUGGGUUCUUCUUUUGUAAACCGUGGUGUCAUUGUUUAUUCGCGGUUCCCUUUUGAUCCCUUUAAACUGUUUUUAAUGAUGUAAUAGAAACAAACAACCUCUUUUUCACCUCCUUGAGCCCAUAAACCCUCAGGCUCACGGCUGUUUUGACCAUUUAUACAGAUUGUAUGUAAUCUUCAUUUAAUUUUAUAGCAAUAGUUAGUGCACGAUCUCUGUUGAGCUACAGGCACAUGUCCCACUCUAUUAGCAUCUCCUUUGCCACCGUCUGUCUUUUUUUCAUAUAAAUCACAAUUGCUUGCGGUGAAAAAUCGUUGAAAGGUUAGAAAUUGUAGCGGCAGACUUUAUUCAUUCUUGCAUUUGACUGUAAGUAAUGACCUUCGUUGACACUUGAUAAAAGCGUUCUUUAUUUUUCGCGGGGGGGGACGUAGGGGGGUGCUUGCUAUUUAGGAGAUUCCUUAGCUUUAAUUAUUAUUUUUAACGGUACUUUCGGGACUUAUAAGUGACCACAUUUUGUGACGUCACUUUCGGGUCCGUUACUCUCGGAAUUUUACGGUAGGUGGCCACAAUAAAUUACUUGAGCCGUAAUACGUAAAUGGUGGCUACUUAACACAGGACUGGUAGAAUUUAGUUAGCUUCUGUGGUUAUGUUUACCUUCCUGAUUGAGAUUGCGUGCAAACGUCUGCCCAAGAAUCGUUUCAAGUACACUGCCCGACGACACGAAAACUUGCAUUCAUCCUUUUAUAUAGGUGGUUGAACUUUGAGAAGGUCCUCAAUGCUUUGCUGUCCAAGAAAGUUUACCAUUUGAACUUGAGGGAACUUCAGACCUCUGUAAGGGACAACUGCUUUAUUAAAGACGAGGAAGAGUUCAUUACCAUGGUGCAUUUCUACCAUGACCUGGGGAUAAUUAUCAAGCAUUGCAGCACAGUCAUUGUGAGCGCUGAGUGGUUAAUAGACCUAUUCAAGCAGCUGAUAAUUAUUCCACCAUUUAAUGAAACGGUAAGGUCCGAAAAAAGUUCGGUAAGUGUUUUCAAACUAUUAUUGCAGCACAUUUCUAUUCUAGCUCUUUUUAUUUAUUUAUUUAUUUGUUUAUUUAUUUGCCACACAAUAGUAAAAAUAUAGCAACAAAAAUGUAAGAUAAGUAGCGAAAGAGACGUGGCAAGGAGACCUAAGAGAAGCUAUAAAAAGCUUUUUAUGCGAGAUUAGGCCUCCUCGAAUUACGGGCUUUAGUUGCUUACAUCAAUUCAAGAAAAAGAUGGCAUAAAGUCUAAAGUCCAAAAAGUAAUGUAACCUUUACAAUGUUCUGAAAGGAAGAAAGGGAUCAAGAGUUGAUAACUUCGUUGUGAAGUCAACUAAAAAAACUUGGGAUUUUGAAAAAAGGAAAUUUCUUAAUGUUUAGUGUUCGACAGUAGGGUAGACGGUAUGUCAAGGAAUUUCUAGUAUUGUUAAAAGACUGGUAUUGGUAUUGUUUUAGGAAAAAUUGUUAUCUGACAUGAAUAUAGUGGUACCGAUGGCCAUUUAAUUCAAUUUAUUAUAUAGACACGAGUGUUUUACUGGAAAAUAUACCACUCGUAAAAUUCAUAAAAACUACAUCCGGGACCCGAGUGGUUUAUUUUCCACAAUCCCACACGUGAGUUUAUCGAUGACGUAAUUUCGGUAAUUUCCCUCCAAAAUUUGUAGGUGUCUUGCGUCCUUUGAAUUUUAAGUACACAUUUUUCAAAGUUUUCUCAUAUUUUGUCAUUGUAGAGCCCUAUUCAGUUCAGUGUUAUUUCUCAAGAUUAUUUGUUAUUUCUCAAGGCAAUGUCUUAUAUUGCUGUACUAUAAAUUUGAGCCGUCACAAUUACUUUUUGGCGAAUAAAAAUCUAUUAUUUUAUCAAUGUCUUUUUGUUUAUAUAAUAAAAAGAACAUUACACGGCGGCUUGAAGAUAUGAAUUUUAUUUUCUCGUGGCAAAAACAACAUUUUACUCAUUCGCUGCGCUCGUUCGUAAAAUAUUGUUUUGCCACUCGAAAAUAAAAUUCAUAUCUUCGCGCCACCGUGUAAUAUCCUCUAUAUAUUGCAUUCAGCUUGCAAAAGAACUUCUUAUUCAGUCCAGUGCUAAACCACGAUUACCGCAUGAUGUUCGAGUUAAUAAAAAAUAAUGGCAUAACCACCUGCUUUUGAGAGGUCAAGAAAAAUACAGACGUCACCUGAAAAAACCUUUUAAUCACUCUACAUUUUAUUUCUCAGGAACCCAAGGUUUCCAACCUCUGGCAGGAAGUUAAAGAAAGUGGAGUCCUCAGCAUGGAACUGCUUCAUCAUGUAUUUUCUAAGUUUCUUCUGAAGGGCGCUGCAAAGGAUGACAUUCUGGAUCUGUUGGAACAAUUUGGUUUGAUUGCAAAGUUUUCACCUUCUAAAACUGAUGAAAAGUAUUUUGUGCCAUGCCAGCUCAGAAUGCCACCUGAUUCCAUUUGUGCCAUGGUACCCUCAAGCUCAGACCCUUGUCCUCUUUAUGUUUACUUUGUUACUGGUUCUGUCCCCCAUGGCCUGUUCACACGGCUUGUUUCUCGACUGGUCAGGUGGUGUUCUGAGGCUGGUCCAGCUCAGCCCCCUACUCUAUAUCAAAAUGGAGCAUGGUUCGUCAUUGGGAGGAAAAUUAUCUAUGAUUUAGUUCUUAUUUGUAAGAAGCAGUUCAUAAAGUUUUUUGUCAAGCAAAAAAAACAGUGUCAGAAGAUUUCAGUGAAGGACACAAGUGGGGUAGCGGUGCAGGUGCGCGAGUUUGUGGAGGCAACUUUACAAACCUUGUCACAUGAUCUUCUGUAUUUGCGUGGAGUGCAGUACGAGAUUCGGGUGGCCUGCCCAUACUGUCAGCUGGAAAAGUGCUCAGGCCAUAAUCAGAUGGAUUGUACUCAUGACGACUGUCUUCACCUCCUGGAGUUAAAACAAGGUGACCCACUGAUUUGCAAAAAGAAACCUUCAGAGGAGUUACUUACGGUUAGAGGACAGGGAAAAUGGUUCUCACAGGUGCCAAGUGAGGUAGGUGGUAAUAAAAUUCAGUCUCUAGUAAAUAAUGCUGUUAGGUUAGCGUUUCAUUUUUAUAAACUAAAAGAGGAUCAUACUAUAGGGGACGUUAGAUACCGUCAAGUAUUAUGUUAUUAGAUGUGUAGUCGUCUAUCUAUUCUUUUAAGCUCCAACAAAAUCUUUUCAUGCAAGUUAUUACAUCCCAGGAUAAUGCAUAGUGUAUACCUCUUAUGUGGCCUAGCACAUGAAGGAGAGGAAAUGACUAGAAGAAAUAAAGUAAAAUUAAGCGAAUUUAGAAGGUCAAGUGGUACCAUGUAAUAACUCAAAUGCUGAUACUUGAAGCUCUUAACAUUUGGCUCUGACGAACAAUAAUCAUAAUUAUUAAUGAUCCUCUCUCCUUGUGGGGCUAUUCAGGGGUAAUGAAACAAAUAAUUUAAAGGAAACAUAACAUGGUUAAAAAUCCCAACUGGUUGGAGGCAAACCAGUUGUCUAUUUACAAGCAUGACCGAGGAUUUGAACUCGGGACUGCCAAGAACAAAUCCAGCAAGCGGUCAGGGCGAGACUUAAACUUGAGGCCUACGAAUUACAUUCAACUCUCUUUAUAGCGGACACUGUAGGGGCCUCGAAUUCAUGUCUUCAUUAGCGAGAGUCCAUAAUGGCGGGAGUUUAUUUCAGUCAAACGUCUGUAAUUUUUUUCUUGCUGGGGAUUAAGCUACUGUCCGUUUUAUCAGGGUGUCAGUUAUAGCGGGGUGUCCGCAAGGCGAGAGUUGACUGUGCAAGUCCAGCACCCUAACCAAUUGAUCACGCCGCCUCCUUAAGAAUGGUUAGUUUUCAAACGUCAGCCUUUGAAUCUCGCCACAGAUGGAAUUCGCCUCAUUGACUUUGUUCUUCAAAGAAUUUGUGUAUCGUACAUUGCCUGUAGUACUCUUGAUCUUGUGCCUGCAUUGCUUUGCUGUCGAAAGUUCGCAUCAUCAUUGUAAUAUGGAGCAAAAAGCUUUCACAUUUCACAUGACUUAUGUAACGUUCUUUUUGAAUACACAAUAAUGGGCCUGCUGGCGUUGGAGUUGGUAUUUAUGACUUCGUUUAAUCCUAGGCCACGUUUCCUUCUUAACAUGCUUUUUCUUAGCUGUUUUUGGCAUCUUGAAUUUGUUGAUAUCAUGUUGUGCAAACUUUAAAUCAAAAUUGUUAUUCUAAAAUGUGCGUUUUGUUUCCUGUACAGGAUACUGCACAAUGUCACCCAGGGCGUUCAAUCUUGAAAGUUGCUCUUCUGGCCAAUGAAUGGGGGUCAUCUAAGGGUGGCUUGUCAACAAUAAACAGAAAACUUGCCAUACAUUUGGCAAAACGCGCAAACGUCGAGGUCACUAUUCUUGUACCUGAAUUCGAGUGUGGCGAAGAAGACAAGAGAACUGCCAGAAGUCACAACAUUGCCAUUAAGGAAGUACAGCGUCGCCCUGCUUUCAGUGAUCCUCUUGACUGGUUGAGCUUUCCACCAAAAGACCUUGACAUUCAAGUUGUGAUUGGUCAUGGUGCAAAGGUCGGUAGACAAGCACAAAUCAUCAGAGAAUCUCAUUCCUGCAAGUGGAUGCAAGUUGUGCACACUGAACCUGAAGAGCUGGCAAUGCAUAAAAACUAUGCUAACGCCAUUGCCAAAGGGGAAGGAAAGAACAGAGCUGAAGUUGAAUUAUGCCAAAUUGCAGAUCUCGUUGUGGCAGUUGGACCCAAGCUGAAGGAAGCUUUCGCAUCCAAACUUUGUUCAUGUCAUCGAGAUGUCUUUCAGUUGAUACCAGGUUCCUUUGUAGAGUUUUCAGAGACUCGACAUGCCAAACAAGAUAGAGCGAAUUUCAAAGUGUUAACCUUUGGUCGCGGUGAUUUCGAAGACUUCAGUCUGAAAGGAUAUGACAUUGCUGCUAAAGCCAUUAUUGAGCUGCAGGAUAGUUCUUACCGUCUGCUGUUUGUUGGUGCUCCUGCUGGAAAGCAGGAUGAAGUCGCCGAAAUCUUACUGCAAACUGGCAUUUCAAGGAACCAGCUGAUUGUCAGAUCAUUUGUACAAAACAAGGAAAGAUUAAAAGAGUUGUUUUGCGAAGUCGAUGUGGCCAUCAUGCCUUCAAGAACUGAAGGAUUUGGGUUGACAGCACUAGAAGCGAUGUCAGCUGGUCUUCCCAUUCUGGUUAGUGGAAACUCCGGAUUUGGAGAAACACUGCGUGGUCUUACUGAGGGCAAGUCAGUUGUGAUCGAUUCUGAUGACCCCAAGGAAUGGGCAAAGGCAAUUGAUGCUAUCCGUCAAAAACCUAGGAUACAACGGCUGGAAGAAACCCGAAGAUUGCGAGAAGUUUAUGAAGAGAUGUUCAGUUGGAAAAGACAGUGCCAGCUGCUUGUUGAAAAGAUGUGGAAGAUGGUUUACGGUGAGUAAUCAAACUUACUUUUAAUUGACUAAUAAAUUGUAAUUAAACGGACGCGAGCCCAGAAAAUUUGUUAUGAUUCGAAGAAAUUACACAACAGUUUUUAGCUUCCAAGACAUGCGUGGCCAAUCUUAUGCCAUCUUUAGUUGUAGAAGCUCUUUACAAUUUGAAUAUAAUAUUUGUAGAAGUGAGUUACAAUUUGAAUAUGCUAAUUACCAGGAUUUCAAUGAAAGUUAAAUGGGACAGAAGAACAAUGAGGAGAGAAAAAGAAACAGCAUAAAUAGCAGCUAAGCUACAUGGAAAGUGACAGGUUUAUGUUUCACCUGUUGAUUUAGAAUAGGUUUCUCCCACUUUAUAUACAUCGCCUCCUUAAUCUUUAACUGGAAUCCAGAGGCGGCGGUAUCAAGGAUAGUGAAACAUUCCGUGGAACAGGACUCUCAGCAAGCUUGAGAUGAAGCAAUGUGUUUGUAGACGUGAGACGCCUUGUCCGAUACAAGGUGCUCACGGACGCGAGUGGAGAAGUGGCAAGUAGUUUUGCCAAUGUAACUGGCAUUACAAUCAGCACAAAGAAACUUAUAAAUUACCCGCGAUCGGAGGCCUUGAGUCAUAAAAUCACGUUGAAAAAAUGCCCAACUUUAAAAGUGGAAAAAGCUAACUUGAUGUUAGCCCACCACUACUUAUUAAGAAACUGGAAUCAUACAAACUUCUACGCUCGUAUUUCUCUCACAGACAAAACAGGGUGAAGCUGGGUUCUGUGACCAGUUAGUGGAAAAAUACAAUAAGAGGUUGUCCUCAGGGGUCUUCGUUUGGUCCCCUUUUGUGGAACUCAUUUCGAAAUGAUCUUGCUUAUAUAACUGAGGAGGAAAUUUCUAUUUAUGCAGACGAUCAUCAAAUCUUUGCCUCGGGCUCAUCUACUAGUAUCGUUGAGGGCAUGAGUGAAGGUAGUAAGAUCACUAGAUGGUACAAGGAAAACCUGUACAAGUGAAUGUUCAGAAAUAUCAAUCCAUGGUACUGGUUGCUGAAUCUGAGGCAAAUAAUAUAAACCUGGAUAUAAAUGGGGUUAACAUAGAACAAUUGAAAUCUAUCAAAUUGUUUGGUGUAUUCCUGGACUCUGAACUUAAUUUUAAUGAGCACAUUAGCUCUGUUUGCAGAAAAGCUAGCCAACAGAUAGGAGUUUUAAGACGUCUAAGGAAAAUUAUACCCACUCAUUCUAAAUUACAACUUUACAAAGCUGUCAUAUUGCCUCACUUGACUUACUGCAGUACCAUUGGGCAUUUCUGCAGAGCCUCAGACAAACGUAAAGUUGACAGAUUACAGGAGAGAGCCCCUAGAGUGGUUUUCAACAAUGAGCCAGUCUCCUACGACGAACUGCUGAGGCUGGCUGAACUCCCCUCACGUUUCAACAGAAGGCUUCAGGAAAUUGCGAUUCUCAAUUACGUGCUGAGGAUAGUCUGCGCAGUUUUAAGACUAAAAUUAGGAGAACAGACCUGACUGCCAGCUUAUUCGAGGAUGGCUGAAGAAACCGCAUGCUUUGUAAUAAUUAACUUUGAGACCCUAUGUUACAAAGCAAAAUUUUUAUCCUGUUAUCAUGUACAUACAUCUUUUUACGUGUAAAUAGGUUUAGAUAUUUAGCCUCCCUAGUUUUUACCCUUUGCAUUUCUAUCUGAACACUAUUUUAAGACUAUUUUAAUAUUUGAUUUUUAUUUUUGUGUCACCAAUUAGUGCUAUGCGCUAGAGAUUCCUGACACGUUAAUAAAGUACACUACUACUACUACUACAUGUCGAGAGCUGUGCAAUGAUAAUUCACUAAAUGACUCAAUUUGGUUUGUUUAACUGCGGAGAAACGGCCUAUGUAAGGGAUUUUAUAAUAGCGCGUAGCAGCCUUAGGCUUAGGGUCAAGUGGCUCAAGCAGCAGAAGAAGAAAUAUCUCAAUCCACCUUAGGCAACCAAUAGCAAGACAAAGUCACCACCCACCUUGCAGUCCUUAUGGGUUAGGCAAUUUACAGUUACACUUUUUUUAAGUGGACAUUAUCGAAGUGAACUGGUCUAAGAUACAAAUACUUAUUAUUCUCUGGAUUUUGACUACAAAGAGUACAUUUUACAUCUAUUCAUUACUCGAGAAAACGCAUUUGUUGCCAAAAUAGUUGGUAGUCGACGUCAAGACUUUUUGAUGCCUCGUCUAGGCAGCGCCGUGAACAUUGGUAUGCUGUUUGCAGCACACACUUGGUAGAAUUGUGUUCGUACUAGUGAAGUUAACUUCCUUUAAAUAUCCGUUGGUUGAACAAGCAAACCGUGUUCGUUUUUUGUCCGUUGUUACCGGCUUGACUUUAGAGACACUGUUAGGGCUUUCCCUAGGCACAGAGGAUACAGCCCAUAAUAUUGAGGUGUCCGUAAAGUGGGUUUCGACCGUAAUUCGUUUCCUGUUUUGAACAGUACACUUGUUACUCCAGUGUCAAGUUUAUUUUUAUACAGGAGUGACUUCAUUCCUACUGUCUAUUUUUGUAGAACAGUGACUUCAUUUUUACCCUAAUUUUUGUGACUACUGCGCAUGCGCCAGUGGUCAGUAUUGCCAUCGAGUCAGUUUUCCGAAAGUAAGUAACAGUAGAGUAUACUUCGGAGCCAAUCAGCAUAGAAAGAUAACCAUUUUUACUUUACACCAAAGCAAUUGAACUGAAAUGAUCCUUCAUGAUAUUGUUGUUGGAUCAGAGAGGUGAUAAGGUGGCUUGAAACCUGAAUGGCACCCUCUGGUAUUUGUAAGCACCACACCUCUUCACAGGGAAUAAUUUUGUACUUUUGCUAUUUACAGGUGACUUGACAUUCCAUGCACUUCAGCAAAUCCAGCUAGAUGCACGCAGAGGGAACAGCCAAACUGAACUGUCACUGAAUUUAAAGACGACUGCUCAAGAGAAAGGCUUUGUGAUUUCUGACAAUCAAGGAAACGGCAACUGCAUGUUUUUCGCACUUUCAGAGCAGCUUGAUGUCAUAAAAGGAAUGAGGAUGGCUCAUGAAGAGAUACGAAAAACUGUGGUCCAUUAUCUUAUGGACCACUCUACGCUGGUAAGUUAAAUAACAGCAAUAACUAAAUUAUAGUUCAUUGCCUAUGAAGGGAAAAGCUUUGUUCAAACAGUCAUAACGUUCUAGGGACAUUUGUUUUGACGACGUUAUGAGCCAAUGUUGUGACUAUUUUAACUCCCUCUAGCCCUUCACAGCACUGAUAUGAGAUACGGCGAUCAAAAUAAAGAGUUUAAAUUUUGUCAUAGUAUCGUCAGAACACUUGUUUUGUUCUUCAGGUGUCUAUACUUUUUGAGCAGCUCUGACAGACAAAGCAAACAAACGAUUACUUUGACACAUUUUAUCCGGCGUGGUUAACAAUUGCAUGUUGCUGUUACAAAGGCGACUUUACAGUGUGCGUUGUAAUUCUUUACCCACUAAAGCACCGCAUCAGAAAGCAAGAGUUUAAUAUUAAUUUCAAAAAAAAGCACAGCCCCCCUCUUUUUAGUAACUGCAGUUUUAUUAUUUGUCUUGCAGCCAGAUGGGACAGAACUUUUCCAAUUUGUUGAUGGAUAUUCAUCUUGGGGUGCUUACCUCACAAGCAUGAUGGCAGAUGGUACCUGGGGUGAUCACGUGAUUCUCCAUGGUGCGGCAAAGUGCUUUCAAACAUGUAUUCACGUGAUCAGUAGUCUGCCGCAUCACAAUGACGUAAUGAUUUGCCCAGAGUAUGAUGAUGACAGCCGGCUUGUGCUGGGUCACGUGCAUGAGCUUCACUAUGUUAGCCUUCUUCCAAUUUAAAGAAUCUUGACGCUUACACGCUGUUAACGUAAGAAUGAUACUUCAGAUAUCUCUUUUUUAUGAGGGAUUGUGCUAGUUCUUAGUGUGUCUGUAGCUAUUAAUGACUUUUAUCAGAAUUUAGUUCAACUGUUUAACCUCUAAGGUUGAAGGCGAUUUUCUCUUUUCCAGUUAGUCAAUUUGACGCAAAGGUAGUUAUUGUAUACGUAAAGCAAUUUGCUGAGUCAAUUUCCCUAUUUUAAUUCACUAGUGUGAACACUUAGCUUAUUUAGUAGUGGCUGCGGUCACAUCUACUACGUAAUUAAAGUUUAACUUAAGUUAGUGUCAAGUUACGUGAUGUCAUACCUAACUGUAGUUAGUGCUUUCGGUCGACAUUGCGGUCACACCAUGCAGUUAAGAGGGUCUCAAUGGGGUGGUAGCUUUUACGGUUAUCGGCUAAAAUUUUGGCUCUUUUACGGCUAUCGGUUAAUUUUUUC